AUGCAACGCCUCGGGUACAAUGAGCAGACCUUGCUGGAGAACGCUUACAACCAGCAGGCUGUAUGGGAUCUCUCGGACCAGCCGGGUACUACCCCUGGAGUGGCGAUGCAUCGGGCGCUCCGUUUGGGUGACCUAUCGGAUGGCCUGGACGAGGAUGAAGGCAUGUGUUGUGCGACACCUGAGUUGGGAUCAACCUCGGACACGGACGACGCCGACCAAGUGCGAAUCGUUCUGAUGGCCAAGGUCGACGAUGCGGUUGCUCAGGGCAUGGACGACAUGGCCGUGGAAGUCCUCAGGACUUCCACGGCCCAUCUGAAGCCUGGGAGUACCUGGAGCAGCAUGUGCGCGAGUUGGUAG